GCCGGUCAAUCUCCUUCAUUUCACCCAUUCCUUUCACAUCACUCUCAACAUUCCAUUCGAAGCCUGACAGAAUGCCAGCCUUCCCCAUCUCUGAUCCCCCGGCUCAACCACUAGUCCCCUACCAGGACAUGGAGGACACCGGCCUCCCCUUCGCAACGGCCCUCCAGCGCCUUCACUCCACUCUAACCAAAUCCCUCGUCUUCUUCAACCAGCUAAACCACAGCUUCAACCAAGACACCAAGACCGUCAGCAACUAUGCCAAAACUCCGGUCCUGGACCAGAUCUGGAAAGCGAAAGUUGCUGCCGCCAGGCAUGGACUUCCUCAGCAGCAGUCGCCCGAAAGUACCUGGCAGAAACACAAAGCUACCCUGAAGGCCAAGAUCAUGGGCAGCGAUGGCAGCGGUAACAGCUAUGUCAACCCAAGUGCAGUCUCCACCGGCUUCCAUGACUACAUCAAACGCAUCGAGAAAGACCUCUUCGAGACGAUCCAUGCUCGCUGGCCGCGUGGAAUCAAAACAGACCUUGAACACGAGAUGACGUUUAACAUUGCGCUUAUCUGUCUGAGUUAUAUGUACCACCGUAUGGCCGAGUUUGCGAGCUAUCUGCAGAGGGUCGACAAGGAGAUCCAGCACAGUCAUUCUGUGUUCCGGAGUUUUGUGAGGGAUGCGGAGUUGUUGCAGAUAUCGUUGGAGCAGAACUGGGAGUUCUGGCAGUAUUGAUUUCUGUUUUGUUUUUGCUUUCUUGUGAUUUUGUUCGGUUGAUUUGAAUGUUAUUUGGAUUGAUAGGUUCGACGUUCAUAGAGGCAAUAGAAGUUUCAAAGUUG